AUGCCCGACUCGGACUGUUCGCAGGAGGCGCUGCUGCGCAGAACCACGCAGAGCGCCCACGUGGGUUCUGCUGCAGUGCAGCCGGGGGACAUUGUGCUGCUGGGGUCGGAUGGGCUUUUCGACAACUUGUUUGACGACGAUUUGCUCGACACUUUCAACCAGCUCUGCUGGGGCAACGCGCAGCCCGGAAGGGCCCCCGCCUGCCACCCCGCCGUCCUCGUCGACGCGCUCCUCGAGAGGGCGGUGAAGGCGGGAGAGGCCCCCCCUGGGGUUUCUUGUCCAGUGGUCACUCCCUUUUCUAAAGCAGCUUUUGACGAAGUGGGCCGCAGACUUGUGGGGGGCAAACCUGAUGACAUUACAGCAGUUGUUGCUUAUAUUGUCCCCACAGUUGAGGGAUCUCCAACAGACAAUGCUGCGGUGCUCGGCCGGGGCAGCAGCACAGUUGCUGCUCUCCCCGGGGGGCCCCCCUCGGGGGACCCCCAGGGGCCCCCGGGGUCGCCGGGGUCCCCGGGGCCCCCGGGGUCGCCGGCGCCCAGGGCGCCCCCGGAGGACCCGGGGACGCCGGGGACUCCGGGGGCCCCGGGGGGGGCCCCCCGGAGGCAGGGGACCCUCAGUAGGGAGUGCAGCGGCUACGGGGCCCUAGACGAACAAACUCCCAGCCAGAGCCCCCUCCCAGGGGCCCCGUUGCAGCAGCGGACACAGACUGUGGGGAGGGGGCCCCCCGCAAUCAGCAGCAGAGCCAGCUUCCCCCCCAGGGCCCUUGGGGGCCCCUCUCCAGCCAUUCGGGCUGCUGUGCAUUCGCUGCCGCAGUCUCUUAAGCCUGGGGACUUCUCCGUUUUUGAACGUUUGAGAGAAAGGGCCCACCAUAGGCUGCAGCGAGCAGCAGCAGCAAGAGCAGCAGCAGCAAGACCAGCGCAGCGCGAAAGGGAGGCCCCCGGACGCAGCUGGGGCUCUUGGCCUUCAGCGCUCGCCUCCGCCUUCCGGGGCCUCUUUGCUGCCAAGUGA